GGCGUCUUCUUCUCUUACCUCAAUACCAUGCAUAUCCUCCUUCAAAAUGACGAUGAAGCCCAUGGCAGCUCUCACCAAAUCUCCAAGAACGACAGUUCCAUACGAACUGAAAAAGGGGCAAAACCGUCUUUUCCACAAGCUUCCAUCUGGUCUAAAAAUGGAGGUAAUCGAGCAGAGAAGAAGCAAAUCCGAAAGAGAGAAUCCACCAUUGGUGUUUGUACAUGGAAGCUAUCACGCAGCUUGGUGUUGGGCUGAACAUUGGUUACCUUUCUUCUCUUCUUCUGGGUUUGAUUCUUAUGCUGUUAGCUUAUUAGGUCAGGGUGAAAGUGAUGAACCUUUGGGAACAGUUGCUGGAACACUUCAGACGCACGCAAGUGAUAUUGCGGAUUUCAUUGAAUCGAAUCUUGGUUCUUCACCUCCUGUGCUUAUUGGUCAUUCUUUUGGAGGACUCAUUGUUCAAUAUUACUUGGCAAAUAUUGUAAACAAGCAGACGUUAGGAACGGAAAAUGCGUUUCCAGAACUUUCAGGGGUUGUACUUGUUUGCUCGGUUCCACCUUCGGGUAAUAGCGGCUUAGUUUUACGUUAUCUCUUCUCGAACCCUGUGGCUGCUUUUAAGGUUACUCUCAGUUUAGCUGCUAAAGGUUUUCAGAAAUCUAUUCCCCUUUGUCGAGAAACAUUCUUCUCUCAAGCUAUGGAUGAUCAACUUGUGAAGCGUUACCAGGAUCUUAUGAUAGAGAGUUCACGGAUGCCGCUGUUUGAUCUGAGGAAGCUAAACGCAUCACUUCCAGUACCAAAACCAAUGGAAAAUUCUACAAAUGUUCUUGUUUUAGGUGCCAAAGAUGACUUCAUAGUGGAUUGUGAGGGGCUGAAGGAAACCGGGUGGUUUUAUGAGGUUGAACCGGUUUGUAUUGAAGGUGUUGCUCAUGACAUGAUGCUAGAUUGUUCAUGGGAGAAAGGUGCUGAGGUUCUUUUGAGUUGGCUUUGUGGUUUGUCUAAACCGUGAAGUUUAUCUACUUAAUGGAGUAUUUGUGUAGAUAGCUGCUUCUCUCUUCUUCUUUUUUUCAGGUAAAAGAAAGAAAAGUGAAGUGUUAAUUUAGUUUGUGGAUAUUAAAGAUGAUAGUGUGGGACAAUAAAAAAAUUGCAAUUUU